AAAUUUAUAAAGCUGUGUACCACAAAGAAGUAAAUAAAAACACAAGAAGGUGCCUUUACAGAGACCAAAGCAAACUUUUUAAUACAAAGAACACUAAAAAUUACCUUAAUCAUUAAGAAAAAAUGUCUAAACUCUAGAAAGGCAAUAAAAAUAUUGAAAGAUCUAAUAUUAUACAAUGAAAGUAACAACUCCAGAAAUAUCUUGGCAUGAAAGAGAUCCAAUAUAUAGUGUAGAUUUCCAACCUGGUAAUAGAAAAGUCAAAAGAAUUGCUACAACUGGUGUAGACAAGUUUAUACGUAUAUGGGAAAUAAAAGUUGGUGGUGAUGGUAAAGGGACAGUUGAAUUUAUAUCUAACUUGAAAAGACACACAAAAUCUGUCAAUGUCUGCAGAUUUUCUCCUGACGGAGAAGUGCUGGCCACAGCAGGAGAUGACAGUGUAAUUGUGUUUUGGAAGUUAAGUGACACCCCUGUACCACAAAAUAAUAUUUUUAAUGAAGAUGAAGAAGAUAACAAAGAGAAUUGGACAGCAUACAAAAUGUUAAGAGGUCACUUAGAAGAUGUUUAUGAUUUGUGCUGGUCAGCUGAUGGAAAAAGAAUGAUCUCUGGUUCUGUUGAUAAUACAGCUAUAGUGUGGGACAUAGUUAAAGGUGAAAAGUUGGGAUUGUUUAAUGAUCAUAAAAGUUUUGUACAAGGAGUAGCAUUUGAUCCUUCAAAUGAAUAUGUUGCUACACUAAGUACAGAUAGGUCUUUGAGAAUUUUUAGUCUUAGUAAUGAUAAAUGUUUACAUACGGUUUCAAAGAUGUCGUUACCUCAACCAGCAACACAGUCGUCAGACAGCCCAUCAGAAAAUAAGCCAAAGUCUUUCAAAAUGUUCCACGAUGAUACAAUGAGAUCAUUCUUUCGUCGUUUGACUUUCACACCAGAUGGAGAAAUUCUGAUUGUUCCAGCUGGAUGCUUGGAAUGUGGUGACAAAAUGAUUAAUUCUACAUAUAUGUUUUCACGACAAUUGCUUACCAAACCUUCUGUAUAUUUACCUAGUCCAAAUAAAGUAACUGUAUGUGUGCGGUGUUGUCCGCAGAAAUUUGAGUUGAAAAAGAUAAGUCGACAAGAAUCUGGAUCAGAAGAUCAGACCAACAAUAACAAUUUGAAGGAAUGGGAGAAAUAUUCAACAAUGUUUAGUUUACCGUACAGAACAGUGUUUGCUGUAGGAACAGAGGACUCAGUAUUGUUCUAUGAUACACAACAACAGAUGCCAUUUGCUCAUGUGACUAAUAUACACUAUCAUCAAAUUAGUGAUUUGGCAUGGUCUCCAGAUGGACAGUUUCUCAUUGUGAGUUCUACAGAUGGAUAUUGUACCAUAGUAACAUUUGACAAAGAAGAACUUGGUGUCCCAUAUAUUGAACCUGUUAAAGAAAUUGAGAAAUCAAGUAGUCCUUCAGCAUCCUCUGUUAGUUCUAAGAGUGAGGAACCAGUUGUCAUGGAUAUUGACAGCGAAGAUUUAAAACUGGUCUUGGAAACAAGCACAGAUGAUGUUCAGUUGGCUGCAAGUCCUGUUACUAAGGGAACAAAAACUGACCAAUCAGAUAGACCAGCAAGUGAAAAUGGUGAAAAAAAUCAAUCAACAGAGGCAGACAAAAAUAGUGCAAAUAAGAAAACUCCUGCAGCUCCAUCUACAGGACUUACAAUAAAAUCGGCAUCAGGAAACCAGAAAUCUAGACGUAUUCAGUUAAUAACAUUGUCCUCAAAUAAAUCUUAGUAAAAUCAUGUACGGUAGAAUGUCACUUUAAUGUAUUUAUAUCUAUGAAAUAAAAAUGUAUGUAUAUUUUUAUUAUUUUAA